AUGCCUAUAGUGGAGGCUCUUGAACCGGACCCCGAAUUUGCAAUGACUUUUAAAAACUUAUUUGACACCGUACAUUUCCGUUCAUUUGCCCAACUUCAGGAACAAUUCACACGAUUCUAUGAGAUAACUGGGGCGUGCUAUAUUCGUCGUCACACUACGAAGCUCCCUCAUAAUCAUGCUGAUUGUGGAACCUGUGUUUACCGACGUCUAACGCUCGAAUGCAAACACUCCGGCACCUUCAGGAGUCGUUCUACACGUGGCGUAUCCCGGAAGUCGAAGAUGAUCAACUGUCCAUCGCGGAUGAACUUUAUCUACGACAAUGGCUUUUUAAGACUUCUGAACUACAACCUUCGACAUAACCACCUCCUCUCCCCAGUUGCUAUUCCCAGAAAUGAGCCUUGCAAUGUCGUUCCCAAACGGCGUUCACAUUUACGACAUCCAAGUAGUAAAUACGAAGACAGAGUUCCACCUGAAAUUGCGCCAAAUGCCUUCUGGCAGACAGAACCAGCUCUAGUUUCUGGGACUUCGGAUGAGAUCAAUCCACUAGUGGCCGUUUCUUCUGAGUUACCUCUGCACUCCAGUAAACUGCGCCAGUUAAUGUCUGAAAUGAGAGAUCGGUCGUGUUGA